AUGGGUAAUUUAACAAAUAUCCUGAAAGAAAAACCUCCAACUCACUCAUGACUCAACAACAGGCUCGCCCUAACAUGCACUCAUCGUCUUCACAACAUCUAACCCUAGCAUUCUAGUAGCAGCAUGCACUAGUUUCUCCCAUUCAAUCUCAUCCAACAACAAUCAUGCCUUCCGACGGUACUCUCCCCGCCGGCAACGGAAUUGUACAACUUCCGACGACCUCCAAUCUCCGUCUCCAAUCGAAUCCUUGGCAAAAUCACAAUCCAGAUAGCUACGAAGAUCUUCAAUCGGAGUUCACUCCUCUGCUUUUCAGCUCACUGGAGCGAUAUUUACCGCAGAACUUAUUGAAUGCUCCUCGAGGUACGAAGCAUAAGUACAUGCGGGAGAUUCUGCGUCGUUAUUCCAAUGAAGGAGACCGUAAUCGAGUUCAGAAGCACAGAGAAUACAGGGAGAGAAUUACAUCCAAUUAUCAGCCUUUGUAUAGAAGUUUAUAUGAACUGAAUGCCACAACCUUCUUCGUGCCAUCCUUCAUAAACGCAUUCAUGGUCAAUGAUAACAACAGAGACGAAAGGAUUAAAAGCAUAAUGUCUCAACCUGCUCCAGGAGUGUAUGCAUUCGAUAUGCUGCAACCUCGUUUCUGUGAAAUGUUACUAGCUGAGGUAGAAAAUUUCGAGAAGUGGAUUUGUGAAACAAAUUUCAAAAUUAUGCGACCAAAUACGAUGAAUAAGUUCGGUGCCGUUCUUGACGACUUUGGAAUGGAUUCCAUGUUGGAUAACUUAAUGGAAGAUUUCAUACGGCAUAUUUCAAAACUUUUCUUUUCUGAUGUUGGGGGAUAUGCGCUGGACUCACAUCACGGAUUUGUGAUUCAAUAUGGAUUUAACAGAGACACUGAUCUAGGGUUCCAUGUGGAUGACUCAGAAGUGACGCUGAAUGUUUGCUUGGGGAAGCAGUUCUCGGGUGGAGAGUUGUAUUUUAGAGGUGUGAGAUGCGAUAAACACAUGAAUGCUGAAGCACUACCUGAGGAGAUCUUUGAUUACUCUCAUGUACCGGGGCACGCGAUUAUACAUCGUGGCCGCCAUCGCCGUGGUGCCAGACCUACCACAGCUGGCCAGAGAGUCAACUUGCUGCUUUGGUGCAGAAGUUCUGUGUUUAGAGAGUUGAGAAAACACCAAACGGAUUUUGUAAGCUGGUGUGGAGAAUGCCAACAGAAGAUGAGAGAACGUGUUCAUCAGGCUGUCACGGCAAAAAGAGUGAAGUUGUUUAGAGGUCAAGAAGAAUCUGCUUCUUGAAAAGGCAGUGGAAUCAAUUCGCUAUUGUUUUGUUGCUAGAUCAAUGUACAUUUAUAUCCUUUCCCAAAAAUAUUAAAAGCUUAUUCAUCAAGAUCGUGAUCGCGAUGAAUGUGACAAUCACCUCGUGAUCCUGUGACAAUAUCAACUUGAAAAUGUUUCUAAUGUUUCAAUGAAUUUAAAGUGGAUUCGUGAACAUUUGUUAGAA